CAUUACUCGCUCCUUGAUCCAGCUCCACCACCACCAGCAAGGCCAGCGACAAGGCCAUCGAUAAGAAGGGACGCAGCACUAACACAACAACAACAGCAGCAAGGAUAACAACACCACCAUGGCACCCCAACCGACGAAUGGCGCGGUGCAAAAGGACGCCAAGGCGUUCAACUUUCCCUCGCCGCCAAAGUACGACACGCUCGAGGAGGAGCGCGAGGGACGCAAGGCCCGCCUCGCCCUCGCCUUUCGCAUCUUUGGCCAGCUCGGCUUCGACGAGGGCGUCGCUGGCCACCUGACGUACCGCGACCCGAUUCUGCGGGACCACUUUUGGGUAAACCCGUUUGGGAUCAACUUCCGCGCCAUGCAGGCCAGCGACCUGCUCCUCAUUGCCCCCGACGGCUCCAUCAAGAUGGGCGGCAAGCCCGACCUGCAGUACUACAACCAGGCUGCCUUUGCCAUCCACCAUGCCAUCCACACCGCCCGGCCCGACAUUGAUGCGGCCUGCCACUCGCACAGCGUCUAUGGCAAGACCUUCAGCACCCUCGGACGCAACAUCGAGUACACGACGCAGGACUCGUGCGCCCUCUAUGGCCUCGUGGGUCUCUACGAAAACUUUGGCGGCGUCGUGCUGAGCGACGACGAGGGCCACCACAUUGCCGACACGCUCGGCAGCGACAAGGCCUGUCUCAUUCUUCAGAAUCACGGCAUCCUCUCGGCUGGCCAGACGAUUGAGGGCGCUGUCAUGCGCUUCAUUGCCCUCGAGCGGCACUGCCAGGUGAUGCUCAUGGCCGAUGCCGCCGCGGGUGCGCGUGGCACAAAGCCCAUCGAAAUCGAGGCCCAAGAAGCCGAGUUCACCCACCGCCAGACGGGCACAGAGACCGCCGCCUGGUUCCAGGCCACGCCGUACUUUAGGCAGGCCGAGCGCGAGUCAAAGGGCGACCAUCUCCUCUGAGUCUCUCGACUAUUAACAUUUCUCCUUGCAAAUGCCAUUUCCUUGUCUCUCUCCUCUACAUGUC